AUGGGGGAGGCUCACUUCCUCAUCUGGCUGCUUCUGCAACUGCUCUGCGCGGCUGCAGUGGAGGCUCCAGACCCAAGGGCAGAGGUCCCGGUGGUGUGGGCCCAGGAGGGGGCUCCUGCCCAGCUCCCCUGCAGCCCCACAAUCCCCCUCCAGGAUCUCAGCCUUCUGCGAACAGGACAAGUCACUUGGCAGCAUCUACCAGACAGGGGCCCCGCGGCGCCCUCCCCUCAGAGCCCGGGGCCCCGCCGCUACACGGUGCUCAGGGUGGCUCCCGGAGGCCUGCGCAUCGGGAGGCCGCCACUGCAGCCCCGCGUGCAGCUGGAAGAGCGCGGCCUCCAGCGCGGGGACUUCUCGCUGUGGCUGCGCCCGGCCCGACGCGACGACGCCGGCGAGUACCGCGCCGCCGUGAGCCUCCGGGACCGGGACCGCGCCCUCGUCUGCCUCCUCCGUCUGCGCGUGGGCCAGGCAGCGGUGACGGCCAGCCCCCCCGGGUCUCUGUGGACCUCGCAUUGGGUCAUUUUGAACUGCUCCUUCAGCCGCCCUGACUUCCCAGCCUCCGUGCACUGGUUCCGCGGCCCAGGCAGAGUCCCUGUUCAGGAGUCCCCUCAUCAGCACUUAGUCGGAAACUUCCUCUUCCUGUCCCAAAUCAGCCCCUUGGACUCUGGGACCUGGGGCUGCAUCAUCACCUACAGAGAUGGCUUCAAUGUCUCCAUCACAUACAACCUCACAGUUCUGGGUCUCCAGCCCCCUGUCCCUCUGACAGUGUAUGCUGCAGCCGGUGCCACGGUGGAUCUGCCCUGCCACCUGCCUCGGGGUGUGGGGACCCAGUCGUCUCUCACUGCCACGUGGACCCCUCCUGGGGGAGGUCCUGACCUCCUGGUGGCCGGGGACCAUGGCAACUUUACCCUUCGACUAGAGGCUGUGAGCCAGGCCCAGGCUGGGACCUACACCUGCCGCGUCCAUCUUCAGGGGCAGCAGCUUAGUGCCACUGUCACUUUGGCAGUCAUCACAGUGACCCCCAAAUCCUCCGGAUUACCUGGCAACCCGAAGAAACUGCUCUGUGAGGUGACACCGGCAUCCGGGCAAGAGCGCUUUGUGUGGAGCUCCCUGGACAAGAGGUCUUGGAGGAGCUCCCCGGGACCCUGGCUGGUGCUGCAGGAGGCCAGACUCCUUUCUCAGCCCUGGCAGUGCCAGCUGUACGAGGGGGAGAGGCUUCUGGGGACCGCAGGAUACUUCACGGAGCUGUCUCGCCCAGGUGCCCAACGCUCUGGGGGAGCCCUGGGGGCCCAGAAAACAGGCCACCUCCCUUUCCUCAUCCUUGGUACCCUCCUCCUGCUCCUUUUGGUUUCUGGAGCUAUUAGCUUUCACGUGUGGAGAAGACGGUGGCGCCCGAGAAGAUUCUCUGCCUUAGAGCAUGGGACUCACCCACCCCAGGCUCAGAGCAAGACUGGGGAGCUGGAGCCAGAACCAGAGCUGGAACCCGAGCCGGAGCUAGAGGUGGAACCGCAGCCAGAGCAGCCCUGA